GCUCCCGGUCCUCCUGCCCCUCACUCUCCGGGAAGAUGGCUGCCGUACGCAGGGCUCGCAGUUACUCCCGCUGCGUGGUGCGCUUCUCCGACCGAGAACUCUGCUAAGUCACCCUGUGGGGAGGAGACACGGACCGAGCACGGGGCAAGGACCCCCAGACAGCGCUGCCUGACCGACCGCAGCAUGGCAGAAGCUGAAGAAGAUUGUCACUCUGAUCUGAUAAGAGCUGAUGACAAUGAAAGGCCUGGUGAAGCAAAUCUUCAGGCAGAGCUCCAGAUGUUUCGAGCUCAGUGGAUUUUUGAACUUGCCCCAGGCAUGAGUUCUGGUGGUUUGGAAACUGUGCCACGUGCAAGAGGCCCUGGAGUAAAGGCUAUAGAUACCAAAGGAAAGCAGGAGCUAGCAAAAGAGGAGAAGGCAAGAGAAUUGUUCCUGAAGGCUGUGGAACAAGAACAAAAUGGGGCUCUUUAUGAAGCCAUCAAGUUUUAUCGUCUAGCCAUGCAACUUGUACCUGAUAUAGAGUUUAAGAUCACCUAUACGUGGUCUCCGGAAGGUGAUGGUGUUGGAAAGAGCUACAUUGAGGAUGGUGAUGAUGAUGGCAAGAUGGCUGAUCUUUUGUCCUACUUUCAGCAGCAGCUCGCUCUUCAGGAAUCCUCAGUCAAACUUUGUCAGCCUGAUCUUGAUGUCAGUCAGACUCAUAUCUCAGUGCUGCCUAUGGAAGUGCUAAUGUACAUUUUUCGAUGGGUGGUUUCCAGUGAUCUGGACCUAAGGUCAUUAGAGCAGCUAUCUCUGGUCUGCAGAGGAUUUUACAUUUGUGCCAGGGAUCCUGAAAUCUGGCGUCAAGCCUGUUUGAGGGUUUGGGGCAGAAGCUGUAAUAAACUUGUUCCUUAUACCUCCUGGAGAGAAAUGUUUCUGGAAAGGCCCCGUGUUCGAUUUGAUGGUGUGUACAUCAGCAAGACAACAUACAUACGUCAAGGAGAGCAGUCUCUUGAUGGUUUCUAUAGAGCAUGGCACCAAGUGGAAUAUUACAGAUACAUGAGAUUCUUCCCAGAUGGUCAAGUAAUGAUGCUAACAACUCCUGAAGAUCCUCAAUCUAUUGUUCCUCGUUUACGGACUAAAAAUACAAGAACUGAUGCAAUCUUGCUUGGCCAUUAUCGCCUCUCCCAGGAUACGGACAAUCAAACCAAAGUAUUUGCUGUAUUAAUGAAGAAGAAGGAAGAGAAACCAAUUGACUACCACAAAUACAGGUAUUUCCGCCGUGUUUCUGUACCAGAAACAGAGCACAGUUUUCAUGUAGGACUACAGCUGUGUUCCAGUGGCCGUCAGAGAUUCAACAAGCUUGUUUGGAUACAUCAUUCUUGUAACAUAACUUACAAAUCUACUGGUGAGACUGCAGUCUCUGCUUUUGACAUUGACAAGAUGUACACCCCUUUGUUCUUUGCACGAGUGAAGAGUUUUACUGCAUUUUCAGAAAAGCCUCUGUAAGAAACACAUCUCUCCUUUUGCAACUCUUGCAUGAUUAAAAGAUUAGAGCAAAUGAGCACUUAAGUUAUAAAUCUGUAUAUAUUUGAAACUUAUUUUAAAGUUUUGGGAAUCUUUUUGGAAGACUAUACUGGUAAUAUGUUCUAUUUGAUUUAGGGUGGCUGGGUUUUUAUUGUUUUGAAAUCAAGCUUAUGAAUUGUUUUAAACACAUUUAUGUUGUGAAAAGACUUUGAUAACAUGAAAAGUUUUUACAUGUCACUUUUCAUACAGAUUUAUGAACCAUUCUCUAAAAUGCGAGUCUUCAUCUGCCUAUGCACCUUAAUGAUAUUUCAGUCCAGGAAGAAUUAUAAUAGAAAAACACUUACUGUACAUGUGACUUAGUGUGUGCGUGCUUUGGUGAAGGCUCAAAAUGUGAAAUAAGUUGUCCUACAUCUGUUUAAAACUGUGUGACUUGAGAAAAUAAAUUUUUCUUUUAAAGUAAA